AUGACAGCGGACAGUGUUCGUGUGAGUUUUUUCCAGGUGGCCUCCCUCUGUGACGCUGUAUGUAAUAAAGUGUGCGCUUUUACUGGUUUUCUUGGGAUGAGAAGCUGUUUCUUUCUGCAUGUGGUGUGUGUGGAUUUCGUUCUUCAGAAGUGGCACAUGCGUUUCUCCAGGCCUGGACUGGCUGCUUUGGCUGCUGUGUGCUCUUCCUGGGCCAAAGGAAGAGGGGAGGCCGUGGCCCAUCUGCCAUCUGUCAUGUCUUACUCCCUCUGGUGCCCACGCAGCUUCCCUGAGGAGUUUGAGAUCCGCAAAUCCUUGGCUGGUCUGAUCUCCCAAACAGGACAGGACCUCACUUCCUGUCACCCAGCUAACCCACUGGCAUAA